AUGAAUGAUUAUGGAAGACAAGCAGCUUCUACUCUACAGGAUUGUGGAAGUCACUUAAUAGGAACUGGUAGAGAUUAUUUGCAACAUGCUCAUAUAAUGGGGGAAGGGCCGAAACCAUUAAGAGCUUUGUGCUUUAUUGGAGGCAUAUUCCUAACUUUAGCAUCUUUAUUGGGCGCAUUUAGUAUCAGUCAAUUAUUCUUAUCUCCUGGAAAUUACUUAUUUGAACUAGUUUUGUUUGGAUUGGGGAUAAUUGUGAUGAUUGUUGAGUCUAAGGAUAUUGAGAGAUUAAAACCAUUCAGAGACUUCUGUUUAGAAUGGGCUAAAUUUCUGACUGUUCCAGCUGGUAAAGGUGUACUUUAUUUAUUAUCUGGAUUGUUAGCAAUGUCAAUAUUCAAGAUAAACUUUCUAGAGCUAUUUGCUGGUGGAUACAUGGCUUUUUUGGGUAUUGUUUGCAUCAUGGUGCAACUGGGAUGUAAAUCUCAACUGCAGGCUGCUGGUAUAUCUAUUGAUGUCAGUGGUUCGAUAUCAAGAGAGAACACAAAUGAAAGGUUUAAUAGAUUAGCAUAA